AUGUUGGCCUACGAGACAUACCAACCGUCUUUCGACCCAACCAUGACAUACGGGUACAAGUGUCACAGCUACAGCGAUGUCCAUUAUGCGAGGAAAUGCUCAUAUUCUGCUCCAACGUAUCAAGCACCACACAACAUAAUGAUACUGGGUGCCACGGGGACAAUAGGAACUUACAUCACCAGAGCCAUCGUGGAUGCAAACUCACAGGGUCACUUCGGAAGGAUAUCAAUAUACACUUCUGAAAAGACGAUAGUAGAAAAAGUACAAGACAUCUGUGCUCUCGAAUCAUGGGGUGUAGAGAUCUUUGUGGGUAGCUUGGACGACGAAAGGCGGUUUAAGGACGCAUGCAGAGGAGUCGACACAAUAGUGUCUUGCCUCGGUCGACAUGCCAUCGAGAAGCAAAUACCGAUAAUAACCUGGGCUGAUGAAAUUGGUGUUAACCGUUUCUUCGCUUCAGAGUACGGCACAGAUAUCGAGUACUUCCCAAAUUCCGUACACGAACCUCCACAUCAGAUGAAGCUGAAAGUAAGAGCACAUAUCGCCCAGACAAAGGGUAUGGAACACACUUAUGUAGUCACUGGCCCAUACUCAGAUCUCUAUUUUGGAGCCAUGAAAGAAGCACCAACAGCAGGUGGCUUUGACGUGGAAGCUGGUCAGGCAUGUCUGCUUGGCGACGGUAACAUGCCUGUGAGCUUCACGGCUAUGAAUGAUGUUGGCAAAUUCGUCGUUGCAGCACUCAUUAACUAUAUCACUUCGCGCAAUCAGACCUUGAUUGUGCACAGCUUCACGGCCACACCGAACGAAAUCCUCGCAGAGCACGAAACACAAACGAGGCAGAAAUGGAACACGCAAUAUACUGACGCUAAGACGCUGAAGGUGAUGGAGAAGCAAGCAUAUCAGGUCUACUCACCUUUGGCUACAGUGUUAACACUCAGAAGGAUAUGGACUGAAGGUGGUACAUUGCACAAAUUCUAUGAUGAUUCGCUACUGGGAUUCGUCGAGACAGAAACUCUAGCAGAUCAAGUACGACUCAAUAUCGCGAAGCAAACUGGUCGUGUACCUGGUGGUGUCAGUUUGCUACGAACACUCAGUGCUGUGUGA